UUUUUAAGAUGGUGAUGGAUUCUGAGAGACAGUAGGGGCCAGAGUGGGCCAAUCCAACUUACCGAAGGUCUUGCUACGCUAGUUGAACGCGAAAUGCAGAGAAUAUACCCAGUGCUGAAAUUGUUAUAAUGAUGUUAUACUCCUCUUACGUAGUGUACGCAGUGACAGUUAUUUUAGGAUAUUUUAUUGUUAUCGUCAGAUUGAUUGAAGGUCCAGGGAAUUUGAAUCAGAUAACCCAUUCAUACAACUGUAAUGCAUUGGGAAUGGAAGAAGUCUGUGCGAAAAUGGUUCCAAAAAACCUUUCACAAGAACAAAAUGCGCCGAUUGACGAUGAAACCUCUUUCUUGGAAUUUGUAAUUACUGAUGGAUCAGAGCAAAAUACAAGAACAAAAAGGCCAAGGGCACCAAGACAUCCGGCUGAAAACGACCUAGACGAUGAUUACACGGAUGAAAGAAAUAACGAAUUGAGUAGCAGCAGAGUACCACUGGGUUUCCUGAGUCCCUCGGUGCAAGAGUACUUAGAACUCGGAAAAUCAAUUCCAGGUCGACCUGGCACGGAUUAUCCAGUUCUGGGCGUUGUGCCAUACACGAAUUUCUACUGCGAUGACCAGCCUUAUCCUGGAUUUUUCGCAGAUCCUGACACUAGGUGUCAAACAUGGCAUUACUGUGACAUUGAUGGAAGACAAACCUCAUUCCUUUGCCCGAAUGGUACCCAAUUUAAUCAAGCGGUGUUUGCUUGCGAUUGGUGGUUUAAUGUAAGAUGCGAUCUCAGUACGAGGUUGUACGUAAUUAAUGCAAGACUUUAUGGAAGACCAAAACUUGAUCCAUCACGACCACACCGUACAAUUACAAAGCAAUUAUUAGAAGAUAUAUUUAAUGAUGAGUAAUCGAAGUAGAAAUUCAACGCCCUCAUCAACGUAAAGAAGUGUUGGAAAGUGUAUAUAUCAUUUUUUUACUGUCAUUUUGUAAAAUAAUCAAGCGUCCCCUGAAAUAUAUAGUUGUAUAAUUACUGAAAAAGUCACAUUCUUAUAAAAGUGUUACAUAUCUUAGGUAUGUUUCAUGAUAAAGGUUUUUUUCGGUCUUAAUUUACCAAAAGUCAAAAGAAUCGGUAAAGAAGCGAAGUUAAUAAAUCACUAUAACAAAAGUAUAUCAUUUGAAGCACUAUAACACCAGCACCCGCUUUGGCCUUAGAAAAUACCCAAGAAGCAAAAAAAAACCUUUAUUAGUAACUAUUGUGACAUUAUUUCUAUCUUAGUGCCAUUGUAAAUUUAUUGUUAAAUUAUGUGUAGUUUUUCACAAUACUGUAACUAGGAUUAGUAGCCAUUUGUCAUUUGAAAUUCAUAGUACUUAGUCCGUAACUAUCACUUGAAAUGUAUAAUUAUUAUUACAACAAUCAGCCCAAAACAAAUAUUUAAUUAAACAGUAACUCCACAUACACAUGUAUUUGCUAAUUAAAUUAUUAUAUUGCAUUCA